AUGACGGGGCUUUCUCCCCGAGCUUCAUCCCCGACGACGUUCAGACAUGGACCUCUGUUGACUGUAGCCAUACUUACACAGUACUGUGACACGUGCAAGCCGACACUAGGACAUCUCCUGGAGGGGUCCAGGGCCCGGGGAGCAAGUGAGGUGCUGUCCCGGGCUAGCGACGCCAAACCAAACUGCAAAGUUCCUACCCUUCCCGGCCUGCGCUUCAUUGGAUGGUACCGCGCCGUGUGCAACCCCCCGUGGCCCCCUCCAUUCUACCGCGUUGUAUGUGGUGACUUGUAA